AUGGGACUUCGAGAUACGUUCUCUGUACAGGUGUUCUUUAUAAUUCUCCGGGAAACCCUUGAAACUGCGAUUAUCAUUAGUGUACUUUUACUGUUUAUCAAACAAGGUCAGCAACAAUUGGGACAAGCUGAUUCCGAAGUUCGGGGUUUGAAAUUACAAGUAUGGCUAGGAGCAUUAGCUGGUCUCUUAGUGUGUUUCUUUAUUGGGUUGGGGUUCAUUGCUGUGUUUUAUAUCGUAGGAAAGGACUUGUGGUUCUACGCUGAACGGUUGUGGGAGGGAGUUUUUUGUCUAUUGAGUAGCGUAAUCAUUACAGUCAUGGGUAUUGGCUUAUUGCGGAUUAAUAAAGUGAUGAAAGUCAAAUGGUUUAUGAAGUUGGGAAAUGCUUAUGAAGUUGAUAGCCUGCCAUCCAGCACAUUAGAGACUGCGGCUACUGUUGCUGCUACUAGCGGUGCUCCUGAUGACGGUGCUGUUGCUGCUCCACAGGUCACCAGUAGCACUGAUGAGCUCAUAGACUCACUUACUGAAUCUGGUGAUUUAGAUACAGGAGUUGUUGCCAACACCUUGGGUACUACUACUACUGAUGCUUUAUCCACUCCCGUGGACUCUUAUAAGUCAAAUGGUAACAAGAAACUGUUUGCGAAGAAAUACUAUUUGGCCAUCUUACCAUUAAUGACUACGCUUCGUGAAGGGUUAGAAGCAGUGGUGUUUGUUGGAGGUGCGGGGAUGACUCAAAGCGGUAUUUCUAUAGUCAACUCCAUUGUGGCAGGUGUUGUUUGUGGAAGUAUCAUUGGCUAUUCGUUGUAUCGGGGUGGGAAUAAAUUAUCAUUGCAAUAUUUCUUAAUAUUAUCUACUUGUUUCUUAUACAUUGUUAGUGCAGGGUUGAUGAGUCGUGGGGUUUGGUUCUUAGAAUUGGAGAGAUUUGUUCAAAAAUGUGGAGGUGUUGAUGUUAGUGAAAGUGGUAAUGGACCAGGUUCUUAUGAUAUUGGCAACACCAUAUGGCAUGUGAAUUGUUGUAAUGGGUUACGUGAUGGAUGGUGGAUGGUUUUAAAUGCUUUAGUUGGUUGGUCAAAUACGGCUACUUAUGGAAGCAUCAUUAGUUAUUGCGCUUAUUGGAUCUUUGUGAUUGUGUGGUUGGAAUUGAAAUUGUAUCAAGAAAGGAAUGGGUACUUACCUUUGGUUCCUAUAAAGUGGCAAUUAAAGCUGAUUUCAAAAAGACAUAAGAUUCUUACUGCACGCAGAAACAUUGCCCUUACCAAUCAAACUACAAAUUAUCUUAGUAGUCAAGAGAGACAAUCUGUGGAGAAUGUCAGGUAG